AUGUGGCUUACAAUGCAACUCCAUGUGAAUAACUUCGGAAUCGCCGGCUCUAAUGUACACGUAUUGCUCGAACCGAACCCUAAAGUGGGAACCAGUGAUGGACUGAGAAUUGCGGAAACGAUUCCCAGAAUUGUCAACAUUUGCGGCCGAACUGAAGAAGCGGUCAAAUAUGUGAUGGAUUUCAUACAAAACAACCCAAAGAGAGUGACGAAUGACUUUUUGGCACUUUUGGCGCAGACUAUGCGAUACACGCCUAAUGUUAAUUCAGCCGGAUUUCCGUAUAGGGGGUCACUUAUAAUAAAGAAAGUUUUAGAAGUAAACAAUGAAUUCAAAUACGAAUAUAAGAGACAAAUAGAAGAAAAUAAAAGUAAAAGUUCUCGACCUCUAUGGCUGCUGUUCCCGGGUUUGGGCGGUCAGAUGCCGGCAGUGGCUAAGGCUUUGAUGCCAAUCAAAAUAUUCGCCGAUAAAGUGGAGGAAUGCCAUCAAAUACUACACGAGUUUGGAGUCGAUUUGAAAAAUUUGUUGUUAUCUGAAGACAAAAUAACGAUGUCUACAAUGUUUGCCAAAUUUCAUUCGAUAAUUGCUAUAGAGAUAGCGUUGUUUGAAGUGAUUAAAGCGCUGGACAUCACACCCGAC